AUGCUGGAGCGAGGCAAAGCGAACCAUAUCCUGCAGAGCAAAUCCCCAUAUGUCGAGCAGUUUCUUACCCAUGAAAUCAGUUGCGGACGAGGCCAAAGAUAUCUGGAUCUGCUUUGGCGGUUCUAUGAAAAAGCUGGUCACUACGACAAGGCUGCUACCCUGCUGAGUCGGCUUGCUGACAAUGAAAACGAAGAAAUAUCACUUUCCCAACGAUUUGCAUACCUAUCUCAUGCGAUCAUUUGCGCUCAAGCUGGCAGUGAUCCAAAAACGAAAGCCAUGAUCCAAGAAUUACGGGAUAAGGUCGAAGUCGCACAUAUACAGAUGGCUAUAAAGUUU